AUGAGCCUCCAGACGUGCCCAGCAUGUGGCCGUAACAAUUUCACUGUCACUGGCCUUAGCCAGCAUCUUGCAAAGAGUCGUGACUCCCAGUGUCAAGCACUCUACAGGAAUUCACGCUCGCGAACAAACCCAAAUCCAGUCUGCAAAACUACCGAAAAUUUUGCACCUGAGUCAGGACAUCCCAAGGGGCAGCAUGGAUGUGUGGUGGUGCCUUAUCCUGACACACGCGCUGGUCAAAGAACAUCACAACAUUCACCGGGUCAGUCUGCAAAUGUGACAUAUGGAGCCCAACUGGUUGAUGACGAGAACAAUGAGAAUAUUUACUACCCAUUUGCUUCGAAGAUUGAAUGGGAGAUAGCACGAUGGGCCAAGCUUCGUGGAUCAAGCUCUACUGCAUUUACAGACUUGCUCUCUAUUGACUGGAGUGACGAACACUUGGGACUGUCAUUCAAAAAUGCGAAUGAGCUUAAUAAGUUGAUAGACCACGAGCUUCCAACAGGACGACCUAAAUUCAAACGAGAACAAGUCGUCUCAUUAUAUGGUGAUCCCGACUUCGCUAGAUAUCUCACAUUUGCCCUGGAGCAGCACUAUGCCGAUGACGACAAGACUGGCAAAUGGUGGUGGGAAACACAGAAAAAACUCGAUGCACAUUGUCCUGGCGGAACUAUAGUUCCAAUCAUCAUUUCCUCCGACAAAACACAAGUGAUGAUGUUUAGCAACAAGACUGCCUACCCUGUGUAUCUUACAAUUGGCAACAUACCGAAGGAACUUCAGCGCAAGCCUUCAUCUGGUAGCCACAUCCUUCUUGCAUAUCUGCCAACCAGCCACCUCGAACACAUUACAAACAAAGCAUCUCAAUGUCGUGCUAUCGCAAAUUUGUACCAUGCGUGUUUGCGCCAUGUGCUUGCUCCGCUCAAAUUUGCUGGAUCAGAGGGCAUUUCCAUGCGUAGCGGUGAUGGUGCCAUGUCUUUUGUUGGUGACUACCCAGAACAACUCCUGACUACAGGUGUCAAGUUCGGAGAGUGCCCAAAGUGCGAUGUUGAAGCCAAGGACACAGGAAGUAAUACAACACCUUUUCACUUGCGAAAACUUAGGGAGGUACUGGACGCACUCGCUGCAUUCGACGAUGGCAAUUUAGCAUUUGUUCACGCAUGUGCUGCAGCUGGCAUCAAACCCAUCAUUCAUCCUUUUUGGGAGGAUCUUCCUUUUGCAAAUAUCUUUCGCGCUAUCACACCAGAUGUCCUGCACCAGCUAUAUCAAGGUUUGAUCAAACAUCUUCUCGGAUGGCUGUCAUUAGCUUGUGGAGGGGCUGAAAUUGAUGCCCGUUGUCAACAACUCCCUCCAAACCAUCAUAUUCACCUAUUCACUAAAGGCAUCACUUGCCUGUCACGCGUAAGCGGCACCGAACACGCUCAAAUAUGCUGCUUCAUCCUUGGGAUCAUAAUCAACAUCCGCUUGCCCAACAAUCUUGAUGCAGGUCGUCUGCUUCAAGCAGUGCGGGGCCUACUCGACUUCCUGUAUCUCGUGCAAUACCCUUGUCACAGCUCAGAGACGCUUCACUCACUAGACGAGGCAUUGGACCUUUUCCAUGAAAACAAGGACAUUUUUAUUCAGCCUGGUAUCCGAAAUAAUUUCAACUUACCGAAGUUGCACGCCGCACGUCAUUACCACCUCAUGAUCACGUUGUUUGGUACCACGGACAACUACAAUACCGAAUACACUGAACGCCUCCAUAUUGACUUAGCAAAGGAUGCUUACCGUGCUACCAACCACAAGGACGAGUUCGAAAAAGUUUUAAGGCACCAGAAAUAUGUUAGUUGGUGUCUUGCUGAUGGCCACCAGUUCGAGCCGUACCAUUCACGUCCUCCAGAUAUGACAUUCCGUCGCGAACAAGUGAUGACGAAACAUCCUACUGCGAAGGCUGUCAGUAUUCAAAAAUUGGUCGAAGAUUACGGUGCGACUCAUUUUCGCGAGGCCCUCGCACACUACAUUGAUCGAGCACUUGAUCAAUUGGCGGGUGACAUUCAUUUUCCUUUCCACCGUCUACCCGUCUUUCACAAGAUCAAGUGGUGCUCAAUUGACACUGGUGGUUUAAACAAGGAACAUGUUACCUUGGACAGCGUCCAUGCAAAACCUCAACAAAAGUUAGGCUCUCGUCUCAUUCAUCGGCGCUCUGACACUGUUUUCAUAUGCCUUGGUGAAGACUCAGUUACAAAUGAUCUCGAAGGUUUCGGUGUCGGCCAAGUUCGUGUUAUAUUCUCCCUGCCCCCAAAGUCUUUACAAUUACUCUUUCCGCCCACUGUCAACAUUCCUCCUCACCUUGCAUACAUUGAAUGGUUCACUCCCUUCCCAUCCGCUCCAGAUCGAAACAACGGACUUUAUAAACUGUCGAGAUUGAUGCGAGGUGGUGACAGGGUAGCUAGUAUCGUGCCGGUGGGUGAUAUCGUGCGUAGCAUCCAUCUUAUACCGAAGUUCGGAGACUCGGCUCCACGAGAAUGGACAAGCGAGACCGUUCUUGAGGACUGUAAUACGUUUUGGGUCAACUCAUACAUUGAUAGACACACUUUUUCGAUAUUCAGAUAAUCCUUACUAAUUCUCUUCUGUUGCGAAACAAUUUGAUCUUGCAGCUACGUUGUUGUCAACUUUGGUUCUAA